CCUGCGGUGUCGGCUGCUUCUCUAGUUGCGUCUCUGAGCUUUGCUUUUUGUUUACACCUCUACCCACCUCAGAGAGCUGAGCUGCCAACAUGUCCAAGCCUCUGUCCGACCACGACAGGAAGAAACAGAUUUCAGUGAGGGGUCUUGCCGGCGUCGAGAACGUCACAGAUCUGAAGCAGAACUUCAACAGACAUCUCCACUUCACGCUGGUGAAGGACAGGAAUGUCGCCACCAAAAGGGAUUACUACUUUGCUCUCGCCCACACGGUGCGAGACCACUUGGUGGGCAGGUGGAUCAGAACCCAGCAGCACUACUAUGAGAAAGAUCCCAAACGUGUAUACUACAUUUCUCUGGAGUUCUACAUGGGCCGCACGCUCCAAAACACCAUGGUGAACCUCGCACUGGAGAACGCCUGUGAUGAGGCCAUGUACCAGUUGGGUUUGGACAUGGAGGAGUUGGAGGACAUAGAGGAAGAUGCUGGCUUGGGUAACGGAGGCCUGGGUCGCCUUGCUGCCUGUUUCCUGGACUCCAUGGCUUCAUUGGGCCUGGCAGCAUAUGGAUAUGGCAUUCGCUAUGAAUUUGGCAUCUUUAACCAAAGAAUCGUCAAUGGAUGGCAGGUAGAGGAGGCCGAUGACUGGCUGCGUUAUGGCAACCCUUGGGAGAAGGCUCGACCGGAGUACAUGCGUCCAGUUCAUUUCUAUGGCAGAACUGAGCAUCAGCCCGACGGUGUGAAGUGGGUGGACACCCAGGUUGUGUUGGCUCUGCCAUAUGACACGCCUGUACCUGGCUACAGAAACAACGUUGUGAACACCAUGAGGCUGUGGUCUGCGAAGGCUCCCUGCGAGUUUAACCUCAAAGACUUCAAUGUUGGUGGCUACAUUCAGGCUGUUUUGGACAGGAACUUGGCUGAGAACAUCUCCCGUGUGCUUUACCCCAACGAUAAUUUCUUUGAAGGGAAGGAGCUCCGACUGAAGCAGGAAUACUUUGUGGUAUCUGCCACUCUGCAAGACAUCAUCCGCCGCUUCAAGGUCUCAAAGUUUGGCUCCAGGGAGGUCGCUCGCACAGACUUCAGCAAACUGCCUGACAAGGUUGCAAUCCAGCUGAAUGACACCCACCCUGCUAUGGCUAUUCCGGAGUUGAUGAGGGUUCUUGUUGAUAAUGAAAAACUCUCUUGGGAAUCGGCCUGGGACAUUUGUGUUAGGACCUGUGCCUACACCAACCACACAGUCCUUCCUGAAGCUCUGGAGCGCUGGCCAGUAGACUUGUUUUCCCAUCUGCUGCCCCGUCACCUGGAAAUUAUCUAUGAGAUCAACCGACGCCACCUGGAGAAAGUUGCUGCUGCAUUUCCAGGAGAUGUUGAUCGUCUUCGUCGGAUGUCGCUGAUUGAGGAAGGAGGGCAGAAGAGGAUUAACAUGGCCCAUUUGUGCAUAGUUGGUUCUCACGCUGUCAAUGGUGUGGCCAGAAUCCACUCUGAUAUCCUGAAAGCUACCAUCUUUAAGGAUUUCUAUGAAAUGGAGCCACACAAGUUCCAAAACAAGACCAAUGGCAUCACCCCUCGCCGCUGGCUGGUCAUGUGCAACCCUGGGCUGGCAGAGAUCAUUGCUGAGAGAAUUGGGGAGGACUUCAUUCGUGAUCUGGACCAGCUGCAGAGUCUCCGGGAUUUUGUGAAUGAUGAGGCAUUUAUUCGGGAUGUUGCCAAAGUGAAACAGGAGAACAAGCUGAAGUUUGCCGUGCACUUGGAGGAGCACUACAAGGUGAAGAUCAAUCCCAACUCCAUGUUUGACGUCCAAGUGAAGAGAAUCCACGAAUACAAGAGACAGCUGCUCAACUGUCUCCACAUCAUCACUUACUACAACCGCAUUAAGAGAGAGCCAAACAAGCAGUGGACUCCAAGAACAGUCAUGAUUGGAGGAAAGGCUGCUCCUGGAUACCACACAGCCAAGAUGAUCAUUCGUCUGAUCACAGCAAUUGGCGAGGUCGUCAACCACGAUCCUGUCGUUGGAGAUCGCCUGAAGGUAAUCUUUUUGGAGAACUACAGAGUCACACUGGCAGAAAAAGCUAUACCAGCAUCAGACUUGUCAGAGCAGAUCUCCACAGCCGGCACUGAGGCCUCCGGAACCGGCAACAUGAAGUUCAUGCUCAACGGAGCCCUGACCAUUGGCACCAUGGAUGGAGCUAACGUUGAGAUGGCGGAGGAAGCUGGGGAAGGCAAUCUUUUCAUCUUUGGCAUGAGAGUAGAUGACGUUGACGCACUCGACAAGAAAGGAUACCAUGCUGAGGAGUAUUACAACCGGCUGCCAGAGCUGAAACAGGCCAUUGACCAGAUCGCCAGUGGCUUCUUCAGCCCAAAGCAGCCAGACCUGUUUAAGGAAAUCGUCAACAUGCUGAUGCAUCACGACAGGUUCAAGGUCUUUGCUGACUAUGAAGACUAUAUUAAAUGCCAGGAGAAAGUCAAUGCUUUGUACAAGAACCCUAAGGAAUGGACCAAGAAGGUGAUUUACAACAUUGCUGGAUGUGGCAAGUUCUCCAGUGAUCGCACCAUUGCCCAGUACGCACGCGAGAUCUGGGGCAUGGAGCCCACGCUUGAGAAACUGCCUGCCCCUGAUGAUAAGCAAUAAACUCUCCUUAUGACAGCCAACACACACACACAGUUUCUCACCUAGGCUCUGGCACCUGCUGAACCAGUUUUGUUGGCUCUGUAAUGUCAGGCAAGAAGCCCCCAUAAGCUUGCAUCCAUGGCACAUUCAAACCUCAGAAAGUUUACAUUUCUCCAUUAUGACUAAUCCAGGUAACAUGCUGGCGAAGAAAAACUGUUGCAGUUUCUUUGGAGAUGUAGGAGUUGAUAUGUAUCUGAUGUAAAGUGGGUUGAAAGAGCUUUGUGGUGGGCUUUGUACAUUUUUUUUGGUGAUUUUUUUUAUUAUUAUUAAAAAGUUUCUGUUAUAUAUCCAUUCAGAUUCAUUCUAAAUAAAAUUUGUUUUAACAAC